ACACUACAGGUGAUCCCUGGCUCCCAUAUUGAAUAAGUAAAUCGAUAGUUGCUGCUUUUCCACUGAAUGAAAGUCAAGUCUUGACAACUUCAGCUGUCAAAGAUCCUUCCGUUCAUGCAUAACAUCUCAUGAAGCUGUUUUAUUUUGCGAGACAGCGGACUUCCAUUUCGCCAAUGAGAAACACGUACCGCAGGAGAGACGACGCGUGAGACACCUGGUGCAUCACUCUAAUCUAAUUAGAGGAAGCCUCUUCAUGUCUGUAGUCAUGCGGUGCUUGGCGAUGUGGAUGGGAAUUCUGCUUCAAUUUUGUCAUGCAACGAUUUACACCAACGACUGGGCGAUAAGAAUAAGAGGGGACAGUGAGUCUGUCAACAGGAUAGCAGAGGAAUAUGGAUUUACUAAUAUGGGUCAGAUUGGAGAUCUGAAAAGUUAUUACAGUUUUCGCCACCACAAGACGGCAAAGAGGUCCAUUGUGUCCAACAAAGAGGUGUCUGUUAGCGUCGCCAAGGAGACCAAGGUGGAAUGGCUCCAACAACAGGUGGUCCAGAGAAGAGCAAAGAGGAACUCCAGAGCAAGUCACAUCUACUCCAUUGACAUGAAGGCCAAACACCUUCCCACUGAUCCUCGUCAGUCCAACCGCAUCCAGAUGCUGCUCUACAAUGACUCAAUGUGGAACAGCCUGUGGUACAUUCACUGCAGUGAUGAGUCCAAAGGCUGCCAGUCUCGUAUGAACAUUGCACGGGCCUGGAGGAAAGGGUACACUGGGAAGGGUGUGGUGGUGUCUGUCCUAGAUGAUGGCAUUGAGACAGAGCAUCCAGAUCUGAAGCCAAAUUACGAUCCACUUGCCAGUUAUGAUGUGAACGGACAAGACAAAGACCCUUCUCCAAAUUAUUCCAACAAUGCUUUUAACUACCAUGGGACACAGUGUGCGGGGAUGGUUGCUGCCGCAAAUAACUCUCAGUGCACGGUUGGAGUCUCUUUCCACGCACGGAUAGGCGGCAUCCGUAUGCUUGAUGGAGAUGUGACAGACAUGGUAGAGGCCCAAUCACUGUGCUUCAAACCACAGUAUAUUGAUAUCUACUUAGCCAGCUGGGGGCCAGAAGAUGACGGGGCCACUUUGGAGGGACCUGGGCCUCUAACUCGUCUUGCUUUACAGAAUGGCAUCAAAACAGGCCGGCAUGGGAGGGGCUCUGUUUUUGUCUGGGCAUCAGGGAACGGAGGGCGAAGAGGUGACCACUGCUCCUGUGAUGGCUACAGCAGCAGUAUCUACACUAUUUCUAUCAGCAGCAGCACUCUGCAUGGAAGCCAGCCAGAUUACCUGGAGCAGUGCGCCUCCACACUUGCGACAGCUUACACUGGUGGGGAGACAGAGGAGAUGGUAACGUUGGGUCCACAGCAGAGUUGCAGUUGGGCUAAAUCAGAGACAUCGCUCUCCUCCUCUAUGGCUGCAGGCAUCAUUGCUCUCACUUUGGAAGCCAACCCUUUACUAACCUGGAGGGAUGUGCAGCACAUUAUUGCCCGAACAUCCAAACCUCAUCAACUUCUUGCUCCUGACUGGCGCGUUAAUGGUGCCGGAUACAAAGUGAGCCACCUAUAUGGCUUUGGCCUGCUGGAUGCUGAGAGCAUGGUGAACGAGGCCAAGCAUUGGAAACAAGUCCCCUCACAGCGUGAGUGUGUGGAGGAGGCGCCCAUCCAGCUGAGCAGAACUAUUCAUCCAGGCUCGGCACUGACAUCUGUGUAUAAGAGUACAGGUUGCUCCAGCAAGCCCCAGCAGCACGUCGUUUAUGUGGAGCAUGUCGUUGUCCGUGUAACCAUCACUCACAGUCGUCGUGGCGACCUUUCCAUUACACUCAUGUCACCUUCAGGCACCGUGUCGCAGCUGCUAGCUAACAGGCCUUUUGACACCUCCACCGAGGGAUUUCAGAACUGGGAUUUCAUGACAACUCACAGCUGGGGGGAGCAGGCAGCAGGGGAAUGGACUUUGAAAAUUCAGGAUGCCUCAUCUCAGAAGAGAGACAACACUGAACUAGGGAUGCUAAAGGAGUGGUCCCUGGUGAUUUACGGCACCGCAGAGCAGCCAUAUCCCAGGCAUCGUGAGCGAGCCAGAUCGGCUGAGAUGCCGAUGGAUGGUGACCUCACUGAAGAAUACAGUGGACCCUGUGACCCAGAAUGCAGUGACGAUGGUUGUGAGGGGCCCAGCCCGCAGCAGUGUGUUGCGUGUUUACACUUUUAUCUCAAGUUCAAGAACAACACAAGGACGUGCUUAUCAGAGUGUCCCAGGGGUUUCUGGGGUGACCGCCGGCGUUGUAAGAGGUGCUACUCCCCCUGCGAGAGCUGCACUGGGAGUCAUAGUGACCAGUGCACUUCCUGUCAACCUGGUCAUUACCUGACUGAGGGGGCCAAUACCUGCACAACCACCUGUGGAGAAAACUUCUACCUUGACCACGAUGCAAAUAUUUGCAGAAAGUGCAGUGAGAACUGCUUGAAGUGCACUUCCUACAGCAUAUGCACAGAAUGCAAACCAGACACAAGUCUGCAGGGGAAUCGGUGCCAGCAGAGCUGCGUGGCAGGAUUCUACCUCGACAAGCAGGAAGGCACAUGCAAGCCCUGUCAUAAGGCCUGCACUACCUGUGCAGGUGCAGGUGUUGCAAAAUGCAACCAAUGUGCAGAAGGCUACUUGAUGGAGGAGUGGAGGUGCGUGCCGUCCUGCAGUGCUGGCUUCUACUCCACAGAGCCAAACCCAGAGAUAGCUGAUGGGUACAGGAUUUGUAGGAGGUGUGACGCCAGCUGUCUCACCUGUGUGGGGCCGAGCCGGGGGAACUGCAGCAGCUGUUCCAGCGGUCACAGCCUGCAGGAGGGAGCGUGUGUAGUUGACACUGAGUGCACAGACGGAGAGUACCAGGACAGUAACGGAAAGUGCCACACGUGUGAUGCAACGUGUCUGAAGUGCACAGGGCCACAAAAAGAAGACUGCAUCAGCUGUGCUUUUUCACGGGCUCUAGAUGCAGGCCGCUGUGUGGCGGAGUGUGCCAAGGGCAAGUACCAGUCAGGUGGCCAGUGUCACCUGUGCGACCACACCUGUGCCACCUGUGUUGAUGCAGGGCCUGCUAACUGUACCAGCUGUGACACUGAUAAGUUUGGACUGGAGCGUUACCUGUAUAAAGGCCUGUGUGUGGACGCCUGCCCUGAGGCCUUUUACCACACCGAGGAGAAGAGCUGUGAGCCCUGCUCGGAACACUGCCAGCUCUGUUCGAGCUCCACCCACUGCCUCAGUUGUGACUCUUCCUACUACAUCUCAGAUGGAGUGUGUGCUAAACUGGAGUGUGGAGAAGGGGAGGUGGAGCAUCCAGAUUACGACGGGUGCAUGUCCUGUGAGAAGGGAUGUAAGAAGUGUGUCUUGUAUAACCCCAAUCAUUGCCUUUCCUGCACUGAGGGCUUUUACAAUUUUCAGGAUGGCUGCCACAGAAACUGCCCGGCUAAGACGUACAGCGUGGCGGAAGAGAUGACCUGUGUUCCAUGUGAUGACAACUGCAUGAGCUGUGAUGAACACGAGUGCUACUGGUGUGAGACCGACCUCUUCUUAUCAGAGGGGAGUUGUGUUUCAGUGUGCCCUGAUGGUUUCUACGGCGACGAAGACACCAAUGACUGCGAGGAGUGUCACUCAGCCUGUGAGACAUGUGGCGGCCCAGAGGAUGAUGACUGUCUGUCGUGUGAGGAGGGAAAGAUGCUGGAAAAUGGAGAGUGUGUGUCUGACCAUGAGGUCUGUCCCAUUAAGACCUUUCGCAGCGAUGACGGAGCGUGUGAAGACUGCCACACAUCCUGUGAGUCCUGCUCUGGAGAAGAGAAGAAUCAGUGUACAACAUGUGCAAAAGGGCGGUUUCUGACCACACAGCACACAUGUGUGUCAAAGUGCCCUGGAGGCUUCUUUGCAAGUCGGCUAAGCGGUGUGUGCGAAGUCUGCCCUCCAGGCUGUUUGCAGUGUGUGGAUGCUCAGCACUGCACCCGCUGUCAGAACACUCGUAAAGCUCAGUUAUUCCUGCAGGCUGGACAGUGUGUCCAACAGUGUGUCAGAGGUUAUCCUGCCGGACAGGUGUGUCGUAGUUGUGCAGCGGGCUGUGCGUCCUGUGGGAAGAACGCCACCCACUGCCUGGGCUGUGAUGAACCUCUCCUCCUACACAAGCACCAGUGUGUGGAGGAGUGUCCUCUGGCGCACGCUGUCCGAGACAGGGAGUGCCAACACUGCCCCUCAGCCUGCCAAGAGUGCAACCCGCUCGGGCAGUGCACAGACUGUGAAGAGUAUCACUUUCUCCACGAGGGCCUGUGUGUGCCAGAGUGUCCUGAGAGGUUCUUUGAGGACAAAGAGCAAAGGGAGUGUCUGCAAUGCCACCCUGACUGCGCCUUGUGUGACGGCCCUAACAACAAUGACUGUGAUGUCUGUAUGGACCCAGAGGCCACUCUGCACGAUGGGGCAUGUCUGGAAGCCUGCCCUUCCCAUUCCUAUAGAGACGCUAUAACAGAAGAAUGUAAAGAAUGUGAUGCAUCUUGUCUAACCUGCUUUGGGCCCCACGCUGGCUCCUGCACUAGCUGCAGAGAUGGUCAGAGGCUAGAGGGAUACAGCCAUUGUGUGUCAUCAAGCAGCAACUGCUCGCCUCAGCAGUACGCAGACCAGGAGGGGAAAUGCCGUCCGUGUCACAAAUACUGCCACCGGUGUUCAGGUCCCAGCAAAAGUCAGUGCCUAAGCUGCCACCAGAGACAUCUCCUGCUCAAUGGCACCUGUGUGGAUGAAUGUCCCACAGGCUACUAUGAGGAUGAGUUGGGGCAGAAAUGUGAACCAUGCCAUCCUUCCUGUCAGUCCUGCGUUGGAAAGCACAGCCACGAGUGUCUCGCCUGUAAAACCCAUCUAUUUCGAGAGGGCAAAGAGUGUGUGGAGACCUGCCAGCACAGUCACUAUGGAAACACAGGCUCAAGGGUAUGUGAGAAGUGUGACCCGAGUUGCGGUGAGUGUAUCGGGGGUGGGGAGGACAGCUGCCUGAGCUGCGCUCUGGGUCUUAUCUACUUGCGGAAAGAAGGCCGUUGCCUUCCCUUUUGCCCUCAGGGCUACUACCACGACGCGGUGCACAGGACCUGCGAGCCCUGCCAUGCCAGCUGCAGAACAUGCUCAGGAAGAGAUUCCCAGUCCUGUGAAUCAUGCUACCCUGGAUACCUGCUCUCAGAUGGCAUGUGUGAGUCCAUGUGCAACAUAGGCCUGUAUCCUGUAAUAAAGGGUUCAGGCCACAUUUGUGAAGGCUGUGACAGCUCCUGUAUGGAGUGUUCGGGGCCCGGUCCAGCCAAUUGCACCAUGUGUCCUACUCCAGCCAUCUUAGAAGCUGGAGGGCGCUGUUUGCUCUGUUGCCGCCAUGAGGAUGAUGAUGAUGAUGAGGCGGCUGCCACAACACAGCAGCAGGACUGUUGUAACUGCACCGAGACUCGAGGAGAGUGCGUCCUGAGCACCAACUUGGCCUUUAGGAAUGAGGAAGCCAGAGGUAACCUGGCAAUCUUCGUUAUCUCCUGCAUCCUGUUGGUGCUGGGACUGGUGGCUGUCGUCUUCCUCAUCAGGCACUCCCGCUCCAAGAGAGCGCCCCCAGACAUCACUCCCCGCGGCUACGAGAAGCUGGGCUCCAGCAGCAGACUCGGCAGCUACAGCUCUGCAGCUUACAGAAGUCGCGCCAGCUCCUCUGGCGGUCGUUUCCAGGAGGCUCAGUUGGUUGACAUGACUGAAAGGCGCUCUGGGCGUAAGGAGGAGGAGGAGGAGGAGGAGGAUGAUGAAGAUGAUGACAUUGUUUACAUGGGCCAGGAUGGAACCGUGUACCGGAAGUUUCGGUACGGACAGCUGGGAGAGAACGAGGAUGAGUUGGAGUAUGAUGAUGAGAGCUACACGUUCCGGUGAAGUAUAAGAAUUUCUCUAAAGAACAACUCUCUCUCUCUCUUCUGUGCUGUUUAUCUCCUCUUGCCCUGAGGGACAGACCUAUUUAUCCUUCACGGAGUAAGAGUUGAACCAAUUGAGACAUGAGAAGCUAUUUAUAAUAAGGAGCAUUUUACAACUGCUUUCCAUUCACAAAAUGUGCAGUAGAAAAGAUACAUACUACACAUACUUAUGACUUUUUACAUAAUUACACUUUGUUUUCUGGAGUUUGUUUGGAGUAAGAUGAUUUCCCACAUAUACAUUUGUCAUGGGCAUUUGCUAGUUUUGACAGUUUCAUUAAUCAUUUGUUGUGGUGUGGAUUAGCAUUUUAAAUUUGAUUUAUCACGCUUUUCUAUAGUAUUCCGGUGUCAUUGAGUUUUAUGUAUCCCGAUUGAAUUUCAUGUAGUCUGGUUAAAUAAAGUCUUGAAAAGACGCAGAGUACGUCAACCAAUACUUUCCUGCUAAAUGUUGAAUCAAAGUCUUUACAAAUCAAGAUAGAAAACAACAUUCAGAC